AUUCACCGUCUGCAGCCGCCCUCAUGCAGCCAGGCCCUCAGCCAGCAUUGGUAGGCCUCUGCAUUAGCAUAUCGGCGCUUCAAUUUGCUAUCUUGGUUGCAGCAGUCUGUGCAGGUCUUGAGGACACGGAGGUACAGCCGGCUAAAGAGCAGCCAUUCGGAUGGGCAACGUACCCACUGCGGUGAAGCACUGCCUGAGCUACGAGCAACUCAUCCAGGACUACCCGUGGCUGAAACGCCUGCUUCUGGAGGAGAAGAACAUUACUGGACAUGAGUAUCCAGAGUUUGUCAGAAUAGUUGAAGUUGGACCAAGAGACGGACUUCAAAAUGAAAAGGAAAUUGUCCCGACGGGGGUGAAAAUCCAGCUGAUAGACAUGCUUUCGGGAACAGGCCUCCCUGUGAUCGAGGCCACCAGCUUUGUCUCUUCAAAGUGGGUACCGCAGAUGGCAGACCACACUGAUGUACUCAGAGGAAUCCACAGGGAACCUCAUGUUCGGUACCCUGUUUUGACACCUAACCUCCAAGGUUUUCAUGAUGCUGUUGCAGCUGGUGCUACUGAAGUGGCGGUGUUUGGCUCAGCGUCUGAAACCUUUAGUAAAAAAAACAUUAACUGCUCUAUUGAUGAAAGCAUGCUGAGGUUCGAGGAAGUCAUUAAAGCUGCCAAAGAGCGACAAAUUCCAGUCCGUGGAUAUGUUUCCUGUGCCCUUGGAUGCCCCUACGAGGGCCACAUUGAACCUUCCAAAGUCAGUGAGGUGGCAAAGAGGUUGUAUGAAAUGGGCUGCUAUGAGAUUUCCUUGGGGGACACCAUCGGUGUUGGCACGCCGGGUUCCAUGUUUAAGAUGCUGCAGAGUGUGAUGGCCGAGGUGCCGACCAACGCUCUGGCGGUUCACUGCCACGACACAUACGGCCAAGCGCUGCCCAACAUCCUGAUUGCACUUCAGAUGGGGGUCUGUGUGGUGGAUUCUGCGGUAGCCGGCCUUGGCGGUUGCCCGUAUGCUCAGGGUUCGUCUGGCAAUGUGUCAACAGAGGACGUCCUCUACAUGCUCCAUGGCGUGGGCGUCGAAACCGGGGUGAACCUCGCCAAAGUUUUAGAGGCUGGAGACUUCAUCUGCGAGGCUUUAGGUCGCCAGACGAACUCAAGGGUUGCCCGGGCAAGAGGCAGAACCCUGUAAUGUGUUUCUUUAAAGGAAUAUAUAUCAAGAUGUUUGACUCCCUGGGAACCGCUUCCCUUGUUGUUGCUGCCUUCAGAUGCUGCCUUUGCUUUUUGUUGUCGAAGUACAUUUCUCCUCGCAAAAGUGUCAGAGGCGUCUCCAUCCGAGUAAUCUCCAGAAAGACCAAAGGAUGUUCAGGACAUUCUUCAGUUCAGUUCCAUUUUCAUAUCCGCAAAUUGAGUGUUACUUGAAGGCUGAAUGACACAAAGACCCCAUUAUGAUCAACAGAAAAAUCUUGUUUUGGGCCAUUGUUUUGCUCUGAAUGGAUAAAUAUUACAAUAGCUGACAAUAAAGGGGGUUAUUAAUUUGUGAUGAAUGUCCACAUACUUAAAAUACGUAAUAGCCUUUUAAAAGCUUAAUUAUUCACUUCUUUAUCACAUUGAUAGACAAAUACAGUAAAUCCAGUAAAUGUGAGUUACUUUCAUUACUUUGUAAAGGUAAGCGACCUUAUAAAGUCAAAGAAUAAGAAUUUAGUCUGUUUUGAAAACCAGCUGGACUGUUAGUUUAUUACUAACGUGGAUGUUAAUAAAUAGAAUAACAAACAGCAAAAAGAAAACAUGAACUUCUCUUUUCGCACUUUACUUCUCUGAAAUACCUUUUGAGAUGCUCUUGCUGGAGUCAGAUCACGUAUGAAUAAUAACCAGAAACUAGACCUCUUAAGUACCUUAAAAUAACAAUAUAAAAGCCGUCUCAGAACAGUGUUUGCCCUCAGGUUUGCCAAAGAUUGUUUAAAAAGUGCCCGGUUAUCGUUUCUUGACACUAAAAAAGCUUUUACCGUGACAUAAGUGAUACUAUAAGAGGAUCCUUUGUGUGAGUAUUGAAUGUGAUUUUAUAUCCUGUGACAUAUAAUGAAAUAUGAAUAUUGAAAUGGAAUGGGACAGUAUUGUAGUAUGGUGGCAAAAAAGCAAUGCUGUAUGUUUCUGAUUAUCAGGUAAUUGUCUUUUCAUGUAAGCAUCUGCUGGAGGAUUAAGACGAUCCAAAUAAAGAAAAAAUAAUGGAUGUGGGUGUCUGUCCAGGCCAAUAAUAUUUAGUUUAUCCCUUGUUUUUCUUUCUGGCUUCUUUAAUGGAUCAAAGUCCAAUUAAAAACCACCAGAUUAAAAAUCAA